GCGGGGAUCUUCGGGGAUUUCUCGUUGCCCCUCUAAUGUUCCAAUAUGCCUCAAACAGUUGUUGUGACUAGAAGGAACUUAUGGAAGGAUGCCUUCAGAUUGCUGGACACCAAUUUGCAAUCGCAAUUGACUGGUAUUGUCAGCCCUGAGUAUGGGGAUAUAGCGACUUCCAUCCUCAAGGAGGCGGAGAAGAAAAAGAAUCUAUGCCUACAGAAGCGUUGGAGGGUCAGAGUACGAGGCAAAACAAUAGUCCUCCGUGACGUCCUCGACAAGAUAAUCACUUGGGUCAGCCAGUUCAGGGCUGUUAUCGAUGUCGCCGCGCAGUAUGACCCGACCGCCGCAUCGCUGCCGUGGACAGGCGUGAGGUUCCUUCUGCAGCUUGCCUUGAACGAUCAUUAUUGUUUUGAAUCAACGCUCCAGGGACUUGAAUUUACGGCACUGCUAGUCUCUCGCUAUGCCGCCUUCGAAGUGUUGUACUUGGGAAAAGGUGCUCCUGUUCAAGGGGAGCUGGAAGGCGGACUGGUCCGACUGUAUCGCCGUAUACUCACAUUCCUGGCCUCUGCAAUUCACUACUUCCAGCAGCCUACGCCUGUCCGCAUGGCCAAGACUAUCUUUCAACGCUCACAAGAUAACGAUCUUAAUCAAAUCCGCGAGGUCGACGAAGGAGUGUCUAAGUUGGCCCGUAUGGUCGAUUCCCAUGUCCAGCAGCAAACUCAUAUCCAGACCAAUAGUAUUCACAGUAUCCUUCAAACACUUGAGAACCCAAUUUGCCGCUUAGUUGACGCAUCGACGAUUUUCACAAAGCAAUUAGAAGAAAAGCAAUUUCGCGACAUCUUGAGCUGGCUAUCAUCGGUUCCUUACCCUCAACACCACAAGCGACACUCGGACGAGCGACUUCCAGAGUCCUCGAAGUGGCUAUUCCGUCACCCACAGUAUAUUUCGUGGAAGAGCUCUAGUUCCUCAUCCCUCAUGCUACUCCAUGGUAUUCCUGGAUCUGGGAAAACAACUCUGGUCUCGGCUGUCAUCGAUGCCUUUCUUCGCGAGCACUCCAUCAACCAGCUCAGCGCCCCGAUUGCGUAUUUCUACUGCGGCGACAGUCGGUUUGGUCGAGCUUGGGCAGACCCAGAUGAGAUAAUGCGCAGUCUAAUCCGCCAGCUUGCAAUUUCCGAUAGGAAGAAUAUGAAAGUCCACGAGCAGGCCUUCCUCGAGUAUUCACGGCGGGAAGCAGAGGCCAAGGUUGAUGGGUUUGAAAUGCCAAAAUUGCGCGCUGGCGAGUGUGCGAACUUGCUGCUCGACCUCCUAGGGGUAAACCCCUCGGUGAUCAUUGUUGAUGGAGUGGAUGAGGUCGAAGAGAACCGACGAUACGAACUUCUCAAUGCACUAAUCAAGCUUCGAGACGAGUCUACUAGCGUAGUCAAGAUCUUUUUAUCAAGUCGGGACAACAGCAAUAUCUUCGCAGGCGUUCCGAAUGCUUUGAUGCUCCGCGUGCAAGAGCUUGAUACUCGAUCCGACAUGGAAGUCUACGUGAGGCAUUGUGUCUCUAUUGCUAUCGAUACUCGAACUUUACUGAACGGCCAUGUGCCUGCUGAGUUGCGCGAAGACCUUAUAUCCUUUCUGCUGGGGCGGGCUGGGGAAAUGUUCCUCUGGGUUAAACUUCAAGUCCAGCGAUUCACGAAACUCAAGUCAGCCAAAAGCAUUUCAGAAGCAUUGAAUAACCCAGCCGAUAACGACAACUCAGCCGUCGGCUGUUUGUACGCAGAUAUCCUCGAGCAAGUCAGAAACGAGGACCCAGUGGCAUACGAAACUGCGGCCAGGGCCUUCUCGUGGCUCCUAUGCACGUAUGAACCACUUUCAACAGCUGCAUUUGUUGAUGCAGUAUCGGCCGUUGAGAACAAUGGGCUCAAAUUAGAUCUACAAGAGAUUUUAAAUGUCUGCUCAAACCUAAUAGUCGUGGACUCCCAGCUCGAUACCUUGCGCUUUGGACACGUCUCCUUCAAGGAAUUCCUAGAGUCAAAGCAAGAGUUUGGAAUUCCCAGUACUCAUCUUGUCGCCGCAUCAGGCUGCCUAAAUAGAGUUAUGGAGGAUAUCCCCCUAGAUAUCCAGGGAGACCCGCAGCCGGACAUGGACUUCACCUUAUACUCCGCGGUCUACUGGGCUCGACACUACAGUGAAUCUUCGGCAGUAAGGGACAAGCCUCUUGCUUCAACACUGGCGGAAUUUAUUUUUGACGACAGCCUGGAAACAAGCUACAUGUUCCAGCUCUGGCUUGAAGCUGUGCAUGACGUUUCCGAGCGUCUCCCCAAAGCCCAUUCGCUGCAGAAAUUCCUUACCGUAGUUUGGAGCGAGUCAAGCACACCCUUCUUCACUGUUUGCGUUUGUGGGCUCGAAGAUAUAUUUCAUCAACUAGUCAAGGAUCCUGGGUUUGAUAUAAACAUGAGAAACUCUGUCGGUCAUACUGGGCUAUAUCUGGCUGCGGCGUGGGGACAAGAUGGGAUGGUGAGGCUCCUCCUUAAUUUAGGAGCAGACCCAAACGUCCAGUGCGGAAACUUUGAGAACGCAUUAUCUGCAGCUUGUGCGGCUGGUCAUAUCCCGGUUCUCAGCAUGCUUCUCGAAGUCAACGACAUUGUAUCAACACGGACUCUAGAAGCAGCGUUAGGCACGGCAUUCCUCGCAGGGCAUGAAAAGCCCGUCGCGAUACUACUAGGACACUACCUUGAAGCACUUAAACAAACAGACGAACCAGACCCAGCUACCUACGAGUGGCUGUUGGAGGGCGCUGCCACCAAUUGCUUCACGGAGAUUGUCGAAGACUUAAUCAAAGCCUACCCGUCCCCUACCAAGCCAGCUGCUUCGUCGAAGAUCAUCAACACGAUUGUCAGAAAGGACCAUGUCCCACUCGUUAAACGAUAUAUGGAUAGCAAGUCCCUCCCCGCAGAUACAGUAGCAACUGCCGCCCUUUUCGGCAAAAGUGAAAUUAUCACCUUGUGCCUUGAUAAUGGCUUUGAUAUUGAAUACGAAGGUUGCUUCGGCACUCCCCUCCGUUCUGCAAGCCUGAUGGGCCAUGAUGGCUGUGUGCGACUGCUGCUAUCUCGCGGGGCGGAUGUCAAUGCAACAACCAAGUUCGGUGACGCACUCCAGGCGGCAGCAAUGAAGGGACACCUUCUUAUAACAGAUAUGCUAAUUAAACACAAGGCCAAUGUUGACAAUUUGGGUGGAUUCUUCGGGAAUGCCCUCCAGGCGGCGGCAUAUAGAGGCCAAUGUGAAAUUGUGCAAGCUCUGAUAAAUGCUGGCGCAGGUAUUCGCACUAAUGGGCGAUACGAAGACGCCUUUUAUGCGGCGGCUGCUGCCGGGAAUGCGGAUAUCAUCAAAAUAUUCAUCGAAAACGGCUACCAAUACGUCAAUCCAGAAGCAUGUAGGAUCUGGGCGCAGCCGGCCUUAGUUGAUUCGUAUAGGGACCUACUCCGAGAGGCGUCGCCGGAUCGUGGCUGCUACUCCCGAAGUCCAGUUAAUGUGGAAAAGACAUUCAUUGACGAUGCGCCACACUCAGCCGCUAUCUGCGACUUUAUGUACAUACUGGAUAAUCCCGGAGGCUCGAAUAGACUUCCAAUUGAGGACUCGCCCGCAAUACACAACGAAACAUGGGUUGGUGGUCGUUUCUGCAGUGAGAAAAAAGGAGACAAUUUCUAUGCAUUGCAGGCUGCCGCAGCAAGGGGCCACGAGGAAAUAAUUCAAAUAGCCAUCUCUAACAGAAAGCGGCUUCGGGUUGACACCGACCACUUUGGUCAAGCGCUGUGGGCAGCGUCCACGCACGGCCAUAAGCGUGUGGUCGAAGCCCUUAUUUGGGCGGACCUGGAUCUUGGGUCGUUUAUUAUGGGAGCCCUAGAGUGCGCUGGCAGAUACGGACAUGCGGAAGUCAUAGAUGUCCUUCUCAAAUAUGCCGAGACACACGCUGCUGCGUGCGACACUCGAUAUCAAGAUCUGCCUUGUGCACUAGACGAUGACGAGGUCUUGGGGAAAUACCAAAGUCCAUGCGUACUCCCACUUGUCUUAUCUGGAUGCCAGGGAGACCAAUUGCCAACAGUGCUGCGUGGGCAGGGACUUGCACAGCCUGACGAGAUAGGAAAACUUUGCGAUCUUGCGGUGAACGAGGCAGCCGAAUUCAAUAGCCUUGGCGUACUUGAAUAUUUCCUUGAGGAUAGGGUUUCUCUAAAGCCAUGUCUCUUGCAACAGGCUAUGCGAACAGCCUCAACCCACGGCUCUCAAUCCGCACUCGCAUUGCUUGUUAACAUAUAUUGCACCAGGUUUGCCUUCCGUCAUGGACUCAACGACAUCCUCGCAGAUGCUGUUCGUGAAGGCCAGACAGAGAUUGUCCGGUAUCUGAUCGACCGUGGCAUCGACCAGGUGACCCCGCAGGCCGUGGGUGAAGCCUUUCUUUGCGCAGCAUCAAAGGAAUAUGUUCCAAUUUUAGAGAUACUAGCGCCGCUGAUCCAGGACUACGAGUCAUACCAAACUGACCUGGACCGGGCAUUGACUAGUGCAUGCGUAGCUGGUCUAUUCGAAACUGCUCAGUUUCUUGUUAAGCAAGGCGCAAAUACAAACGCAGUACUUAAGGCUCCGCCAUUGCCAUGGGGCAGUCGGAACAACAUAGUGGGUAGACUAAUGCCCUGGGCACUUGAUUACCCGAACAGUUUGCAGCAUCGGGACCGUUAUUCCAAGAAGGGGCAGCCACCAGUGACCCCGUUACAGGCCUGCCUGGAGGUUAAUGGCGCCCGGUGGGGUGGUAUGUACGAAGGAGAGAUAUCAGCGCAGCACGAGUUGGUUCUUAAUCUGCUGGUCGAACACGGUGCCGAUAUAAACAGCGUCUCUGCUCAUGGAAGACCCUUGUUUCAUACUGUGGUAAAGUCGUGUACACCUAACACGGUCCAUAAAUUCAUUGCGCAUGGCGCGGACAUCAAUAGAAAGGCUUCCGAUGGAAGUACAGUUCUGGACACCGCUGUAGGUAGGGAACUUGGAACGUUGCCUGUUGUACGCGCUUUACUGGAAGCCGGGGCUACCAUUCCAAUGAAAUUCGAUGGAGAGCACCGGCGAUGCGCAAUCCUGGAUCGAUUGCUGGACCUUUUUACUUCACACACUCAGUCCGACAAAUUACCCUCAUUCCGUAGGCGAAACGAAAUUGGCCGGUUCUACAAAUCAGAGUCCUUGCAGCAGGUUCUGUCGACUGGGCCGGGGGCAGUUAUUAAGCUGCUUCUCCUACACGAGCCAACGCUCCGGGCUACAGAUACCCGAUAUGGUCUGCUUCUCCAAAUGAUUGCUGUGAUGGGCGAACAGUCAUUUUUAGAGCUCCUCAUUCAAAGAGGUGUUGAUGUUAACCUCUCUGGCUAUUAUUACGGCGAUGCAAUCCAGGCUGCGGCUCGGCAUGGCCGCCUGGAUUGUGUGAAUCUGCUCCUGAGCGCCGGCUCCGAGGUCGAUAGAUUAGGUGGUGCUUACGGAACAGCCCUCAGCGCUGCUGUUGUCGCAGAGCAUCAGGAGAUUGUUGACUUGCUUAUUGCCCAUGGAGCGGACGUUAACUCACAUUCGCAGGGAGUUGAAAGGACAUCCGCAAGAGCACCUCCUCUGCAACUUGCGGUUAAACCGGGAAACAUAAUGAUUAUGAGGUCUCUUCUUGUUGCAGGGGCCGAUGUGAAACAGAAACCAUGCCCUCUCCUGUUGGCGGUUGAGAUGGGCAACCUACAAAUGAUAAAGAUGCUGUUGGACUUCAGAGCACAGGCCAACUCGCAGUCUGAUGCAAACGCCCACCCUGAACCAGCAGCAGAGUUGGAUGACGAAGAAAAUGAGAAGGAGCGGUAUACGAGCGCACUCCAUGCAGCAUGUGCCACGGGACUCUACGAUAUUGCGCGACUGCUUAUUGAACGUGGGGCAUAUCCCGACAAAAAGGACAAGGAACAUAAGACCGCGCUGGCAAUUGCUGCCUCGAUGGGCCACCUCGAGAUUAUGGAGCUCCUACUAGAAUUCGGCGCCCAAAUCUAUCAGCCAACUUGCACCAUUAAUGUGUUAAGUGAAGCACUAAAGGGGCGGCAGCAUCGGGAAUCAGUGAAGCUCCUCAUAAAGCGGCUGGCCAAUUCUGUGGAUUUGGCACCUGCAUGCAGGAGCAUAUUAUCGGAAGAUGAAUGGCAAGGGGAUGAAGGACUACUGCUUUGGGUUCUCGACAAAGUACCAAUGGAGCCAGGUCCUCUUUCUCUCGCCUGCCGAUUUGGCUUCAAAGAUGCAGUUACCACCAUGCUCCCGCGCUAUCCAAGUCCUGAUCACGAUCUGGGGAAUGGCGAACGGGCACUUCACAUAGCGGCCUACUAUCAAGAAGCGGAGCUAGUUUCAUUCUUUAUUGAACAGGGCGCCGACGUCCGCUUUGCAAGUUCCAAGUAUGGAAGCCCUAUCUCCGCAGCGUUAGAAGGGCUGCUCGCUUCCGGCUUAGACCAUAAGCCAAAUGUUAGAAAGGUGUGCCGAAGAUCAGAGUGUCCGUGUGACAUUCUGCUCGAAGAGGGCGGCAAGGCAUGGAUGAAGUUCUACCGGGUUCCUGCAACCAAAAAUAGGCUGCUAGGGUCUCGUUUCUCUGGCCUAGGCUUUUUUAACCCUGCCAAUUCGUUCCAUGACGGCAUCAGACAGUCUAACUGCGAGCGUAUCAUAAGAAGCCUACUCAGUGCAGGUGCCGAAGUCAACACGCAAGACAGGCCCCUAGGGCCACCACUCCAUGUGGCCUCGUUCAUAGGAUCCGUGGGAAUAGUGGAGCUUCUUCUGCAGGAAGGCGCUGAUAUUAAUGAACAUGGGGGCUUUUUCGGAACCGCUUUAAUUGCCGCUGCGUGUGGUGAUCAGGAGGCAGUUCUCAACCUCCUUCUGUCGCGCCGAAUCGAUGCGAAUGCCCGGUCUGAAAAACAUACAAUGGCGCUGCGCUGCGCACGCGAGUACAUGAAUAGCACAGCAGUGCGGACCCUGAUUGAGCAUGGAGCAGUUGACUAGUUCAAGGCUUUGGCAUCUAAUCCCCUCAGUCGAAUGAUGGCGAAAAUCUCAGAUUGUUCCUAUAGUAUACAAAUUGUGUCGUAUUGUCAAUCCUGGUUUGGUGAUGUAUACAAAGUAGUUUAGCCCCUCCACUUGCUUGUCUGACCCAGACGUAUAGUUUCGUCCAUUGCGCUUCGGA